AAAGUUCAAGCACAGGAAAGAAUAACCAGAAGAGGGGACAGCGCUAAACAAGGGGGCUGAGCAGGUCCCUAUGGCUCUCUUCAUCUUGCUGUUCUUGCUGCCAAGUCCCUUACAUUCCCAGCCCCCUUGUGAUAUCUCCCAAGUGACCAGCCUCCUGGAAGUAAACUGUGAGAACCAGAAGCUGACAGCAUUGCCUGCAGACCUGCCAGCAGACACAGGCAUCCUCCUCCUGGCCAAGAACAAACUGGUUACCUUCUCCACAGCCUCCGUGGCACAGUUCACUCACCUCACUCAGCUAUACCUGGAUGAAUGUGAGCUGACCAGCCUGCAGACCAGUGAGAAACUGUCCAAACUGGAGAACCUGCAUUUAUCCCACAACAGCCUGCAAAGUCUGCCCUCCCUAGGACAGGCACUGCCUGCACUCACUGUCCUUGACCUCUCCUUCAACCAGCUGGGCUCAUUGUCUCCCGGUGUCCUGGAAGGCCUAAGCCAACUACAGGAGCUCUACCUGCAGAACAAUAAUCUGAGGAGUCUGCCCCCCGGGCUCUUGGUGUCUACAACCAAUCUGAAGAAACUCAAUCUGGCCAACAACCACCUACGUGAGCUGCCCCAUGGGCUCCUAGAUGGGCUGGAAGAUCUUGACACCCUCUACCUUCAAGGGAACUGGCUUCGUACAAUACCAAGGGGCUUCUUUGGGACCCUCGUCUUGCCUUAUGUUUUUCUUCAUGCCAACACCUGGUAUUGUGAUUGUGAGAUUCUCUACCUCCGAAACUGGCUCAAGCAAAAUUCCAACAAUGUCUACUUAUGGAAGGAGGGUGUGGAUGUCAAGGCUAUGACCCCUAAUGUGGCCAGUGUACGAUGUGCCAAUUUGGGCUACGCACCUGUCUUCUCCUACCUAGGGAAGAACUGCCCUACCAGUAGUGAUAGGGAUUCCAUAGACUAUGAUGACUAUGACUCUGAAGUCUCUGAAGUACCUGCUAUAAGGACUGAGGUCAAGUUUUCUAACACUAAUGCCCAUACUACCCACUGGGGCCAACUCUUAGAGUCUCCUACUUCUCCAGACAGCCAAAGGCCUUCUUGGCCUCCAACCCACAAACCUACUAAAAAACAGUCCACAUCCACCCACAUACAGAUUCCAGGUUUCACCACACUCCCACAGACCAUGCAGUCCAGCACACCUCUUUAUAAUCUAAAACUCAAUCUUACACCUACCACCAUCCCAACCACCCCAGAACCUACCACUUCCACCCCAAAUACCCCAAAGGCCAGCCCUACCCCAGUGCCUACCACUUCCACCCCAAAUACCCCAAAGGCCAGCCCUACCCCAGUGCCCACCACUUCCACCCCAAAUACCCCAAAGGCCAGCCCUACCCCAGUGCCUACCACUUCCACCCUGGCUACUCCAGAGCCCCACUCCAUACCAAUGCUUACCAGUUCUGCUCCCACUAUUCCAGAGCCCACCACUUCCACCCUGGCUACUCCAGAGUCCAGCACCAACCCAGUGUCAACUACUACCACCCCGACUACCCCGGAGCCCAGCAUCACACCAAUGCUUACCACCUCCACCCUGACUAUUCCAGAAUCCACUGCUUCCACCCUGACAACCCCAGAGCCCAGUGCUCCAGUGCCUUCCACCCCCACUCCAACUACCCCAGAGCCCAGCAGCACUACCCCAACCACUCCAGUGUUUACUGGAGUGACACUCUUCAUUACUGCCCUGGCCACCACAGAACUCACUUUACUCCCUACCCCUGAACCUAUUACUGGAAUCCCAGAAAUGAACAGCUUCAUAACUUUCCAAGAGAUGGUUCAAGCAAACUCUAAUACUUCCAAAAGUGACCCUUUUCUCAAUUCUGACUUUUGCUGCCUCCUCCCCCUGGUUUUUUAUAGUCUGGGUUUCCUCUGGCUCCUAUUUGCUUCUGUGAUACUCAUUUUGUUGCUGACCUGGAUCUGGCAUGUAAAACCACACACUCCGGACUUGGACCAAUCUGCUGCGCUGGCCACAAGCACAUACACCACAAGUCUGGAGGUGCAGAGAGGAAGGCAGGUAACUGUGCCCCGGGCCUGGCUGCUCUUCCUUCAAGGCUCACUCCCUACUUUCCGUUCUAGCCUUUUCCUAUGGGUAAGGCGUAAUGGGCAUGUUGGGCCUCUGGUAGCAGGACGGCGGCCCUCAGCUCUGAGCCAGGGUCGUGGUCAGGAGCUAUUGGGGACAGUGGGUAUUAGGUACUCAGGUCACAGUCUGUGAAGGUGAGUACCUUGGAGAUCCUAAGAAAACUACUGGGAUCUAGCUGGGGUGGGAAAGAGACUGCCACGCAGACAUUCUAUUUACUUCUUUAUCUGAAGCCCCUUUUACAUCUAGACCACACAAAUCAGAAGUGGUGAGGUGAUACAGCUGGGUAAUCACAAAACCAAGCUCCCUAUGUUACUUUGAGCAUUGCCAGGUCACAUGGUCACUGCUAUGGCUUUGGGGAAGAGGUAGAAAAAGUGAAUAGAAAUGGAGCAUGGCUCCCAUGUGUUCACACGUGGGAGGAAACUUGGAGCAACAUUAUCCCUAAGUAUCGUGAAUAUGUUUUCCCUGUUUAACACUUAUCUUCCACCAGUGUUAUCUGAAUAAUAAAACUGCUUUUAA